GUGCCGGUUUAGCAGCGAAAAAGUCGGCGGCGAUUGGAGCAGUGGCUCAGUUGGCGUAUUUUCUGCGGGAGAAUAGUGACGAGGGACGUGCGGCAGUGGUGAAUCUGAUGGGGUUGUUGGUGUCGAAUCGGGAUUUCGUGGCUGGUGUGUGGGAGUAUACAGUGGGACUGAGGGCAAAGGUGGCGUUUGGUACACCGAAAACACUGAUUUCGGUGCUGGAAAAGGGUGACUGUAUAAUGGGCUCAGAGCAGCCGACGUUGGUCGCACCGCUAUCGUUGUUUAUAGCGUUGCUAUCGAAUAUACUGCAGACGAUUGAUGACGAUGAUUUAUUGGGCNGUUUUGUUGUUUUAGAUUUGACCCUGGGAUUGAUUGAUAUAGCGUAUCCGGUGGUGAAUUACGGUGCGAUGAGUGGGGGUGGUAUUGGGUUCAUUGGAGGGGGCGGGGCGAAGGUGAUGACCAGUGAGGAGAGGGAGAAGAAUGCCAAGUGGGCGGAGCUUUUUAGGAAUGUGGCAUCGAUAACGAAGGUGUUGUAUGAACGUGACAGCCGACUGCACUUUAUGCCGAAUGGCUUCUGGUCGAAUCAUAACCGACAGGUGGUGAUUAAUACGUCAAUGUGGCGUAACGGAGGGCGUGGCCAAGGUGGUCGUAGGCGGGGCCAAGGAGGGCCAAGGAACCGCCCAUUUGAGUUCGUUCGCUUUCUGUUGUACGACGCGGACGAUUUGGAGGCGGAGCCACCGAGUGCGGUGGAAUUGAGAAAUUUAUCGAUUUUGAGGGCGAUUCCGUUCGUGAUUCCGUUUUUGCAGAGGGUGCAGAUGUUUACUGAGGUGAUCGCGCAGGAUAAGGCUCAGAUUGGGGCAGACGAAAAUUUUGGAUUCCCGAUUCGGGACGGUCACCACAUAGUGGUACAUCGUACCACGCUGUAUGAGGACGCGUUCGAGAGUCUUGCGCCGGGCAGA